CAAGUUAGUGCUUGCUUGUCGACGUCACUUCCGCCUGUUUUUAUUUUUCCCCACUUCUUUUUUUUUUUUUCUUCCGUGUUGGAAUGGCGACAAACGCUGCUGCUGCUGCUGCACCGUUGGAUGAGCACAACGCAGAACAACAGCAAGAGCAACAAGCAGCAAACGAACAAGCAGUCAAAGAACAAGUCAAAGAAGAACAAGUCAAAGAAGAACAAGAAGAAGAAGAAGGCAAAGAAGAAGGCAAAGAAGAACGGAGACAAAACGCUGAAUUUCCCGCCAAAGCCAAAGACGAAGAAGAAUCGGCAGCCACAACCGAGUCGUCGUCCAAGUCGUCGUCCAAGUCGUCCACCACGCUGUUGCAUGAUACUGGCACUAGUGCAGUGCCAUCGUCGUCGCAGACAGUCAGCAAGGCUGCCGCAGUCGAUGUGGUGUCGGCGCGCGUGCUCGUGUCGGGCCAUCUGAAGUGCUCGCUGCUGGUCAACGGCCCGCUUGUGCCUGCCGUCGUCGCAGCCGCUGCCGAGGUCGAGAAGCUGCAACAGCAGCAGCAGCAGCAGCAGCAGCUGGAUGGAGCAGCUGCAACCAGGCCGCGGUCAAAGACAAGGACGACUCCAGCGCUGGCGUCGCUCGCGGCAUUGGCAAUGAGCCAAGCCGCAAGUACGACCUCCAACACAGCCUCAGCCGAGGACGAGGGUGCUAGCCAGAGUCAAGCAACGGAGGACCAGCCACUGGCAUCAAGUGGCAACAAUGCCAAGUCUGCUGCUGCACUGCUCCAGUCGACAGAGAUGACUGCCCGGCAUCUGCUGUACGGGGCGAUGGGCGUGGUACUCACCCCGCUCGCCAAGCCAGACCAAGUUCGAGUCUACCCUGUGAAUCGGAUUCUCGCAGUCGAGUGGGCAUCCCCAGUCGAGCAACUGUUUUUUGAACAGCCAGAUAGAUUGACAGCGACGCCAGCAACAGAGCCCGUCUCAACCAGCGAACCACUUGCUACUGCUCCAGCUGCAACUGCUUCAACGACACUGUCAGCCCCGUUGGAUAUUCCUCCCAAUUCCGCGCCAAGCAGCAGCAGCAACAACAACAACAACAGCAACAACAGCACCAGCACAUCUCGCUUUGACUAUCCGUUCACAGUCCCAAAGCCAUCCAACAUGCCGCCGCCGUCGACAGAAACCUCCCUCACACUCCACCUUGUGGAUAGUACCUCGCACAAGCGUCGAUGGGUGAAGCGCACCCUUCUGCUGAGCUUUGAAUCCGUUGCCCACGCCACCGUGGUCUACGAAAUGCUGGUAGCCAUGCUGGUCACCCAGGCGCAACGCCCAACCCGUUUGAUUGCGAUUGUCAACCCUGUGGGUGGUCGGAAGCAGGCUCGCAUGGUCAUGGCGUCGGUCGUGCAGCCAUUGCUCGAGCUUGUCCAGAUCCCGUGCCAAGCGCUCGAGACCCAGGCAGCUGGGCAGGCAAAGGACCUCGCCCAAGGACUGGACUUGAAUGCUCUCAGUGGCAUUCUCUGUGUCGGAGGCGAUGGCACCGUGUCGGAUGUGGUCCACGGCCUGCUGGCCAACCCGUCCUGGAACCCGUCGCGCCCCACGCCCGUCGGACUCAUUCCGGCCGGCUCAACAGACACCAUCAUGUACUCGACCAUUGGUUGCAACGACCGAGUCACCGCCGUGCUGCAAGUGAUUCUGGGCGAGACUCUCGGCAUGGAUGUGGCGAGCGUUCGGCAGCAGGGAUCGGUUCAACGGUACGCCCUCUCGUUUCUUGGAUUUGGCUUUUACGGCGAUGUCAUCAAGCGCAGCGAGUCGAUGCGCUUGUUUGGACCCAUGCGGUACGACAUUGCCGGCUUUAGCGCCUUUCUUGGCAUGACGUCGUACAGCGGCAAGAUACACUUUUUACCAGCCUCGCGUGCAGAGUCCGCAUCGUAUGUGUACCACGCCAGCUCCAUGCCCCCGUCUGAUGUGGCUCAUGUCGACUCGUUUAGCAUGAGCACCGACGGUGGACUGGGUGUUGCCUCUGAUCGUGGUCGAAGUGUCAGCGAACUCAGCACUGCUCAGGUUGGCAAUCAAUCUUCGCUGCCAGAACUGGCCAUUGCCCGGACAAUUCCUCGCACCCGCAGCGCAGGUAGCGUGGACGAUGUAAAUUCGGACGACUUUGUCCUCUUGGACCAAGACGAUUUGCAGGCGAUGGAUGCACCGAGCGCCGCUUGUUUGGAUGAAGCUGCCUCGUCGGCAGCAUCUGCCGCCACUCCAGCCAGCAGCUUGACGCCAUUCACGACACAGCAACGCGCGCGAGCCGAAUCCUCGGCGUCAUUCGCCCCUGCUCUGCCUUCCGCCGCGCAGGCAGGUUCGCAACAUUCUGCUGCUCGCAACCCAAAGAAGAAGCGGGGCAAUACGGCCAUCUCGUCGCCUCAAACAUCAUCCGCCAUGGCGUGCACGGCCGAUUGCAGUGUGUGUGCAGCGCCGUCCGCGCACGCGUAUUUCAAACGCGUCGGCAGCGGCACCGAAGACGGCACCGCGGCCUCGCCCCACAUUCUCACACCCAGCCCAUCCGUUGGCCUUGACAGUGCAAACCUCUUUCCAUACACUGGAGCAGGCUCGGGUUGGGAGACAGUUGCUGGUGACUUUGUGUGCGUGAAUGCAGCCAACAUUUCGUGCAUGUGCGAGAAGGCGCCUCGCGGUAUUUCUCCCAACGCCCAUCUGGCGGACGGCUGUGUUGAUUUGAUUCUCAUCCGAAAGUGUUCGCGCUUUAGCUAUCUGCGACAUCUCAUCCGUCUUGGGUCGGGUGCGCAUGGCGGAACCACCUAUUUUGAUGCCUCCGGACCCGCUCCUUCUCUACAAGCUUCCGGUGUGGCUGCUGGUUCACCAUCUGCCUCGUCGUCUUCAGUCUCUGACACUGCUUCCUCGUCGUUGUCCUCUGGGAGCUCCAAUUUGGCAACGUCGGCCUCCUCGAUCCUGUCGUCGAUUCGUUCGGCAUUCGGGUCGCUUCGAGUGUCGCGAACCAGCUCGUCAAAGCUCCCAGAAGUCGCGGUUACUCCUGAUGGUGAACUGUCUGCAUCGGCUCCUGCCUUGAAUGCAGCUGAUCAAGGACUUUCCGGCUCGUUGACAACCGCCAUUUCGGAAACGCUUCCAGCAACUUGUGCUCCAAUGCCGGACACGCUGCUUGGUGACACUUCUGCAACGAGUGCCGAUGGGCUGCUUGCUGAUGCACCUUCUGCGUCGUCGAUGCCUGCUUUUGUUUCGGAAGCAGCCUUGUCUGCCACUGUCGUGGACUCGGCGCGAUUGGUAACGACAGACGCCCCGGCUCCAGCGAGGUCCUCAUCGUCGUCCUCGCUCAUUUCAACCGCGGCCAAGCUGCCACGGGAAGCGCUCAUCCACCAGCGAGCCGUUAGUGCGAGCCAUCUCGACUUGGAUUUUGUUUCUUCCGUCAAAGUCGCCGAAUUCAUCUUUGAGCCAGACACAUCCGCGCCCACCUCACCACAGCCGCCGACAGCUGACAAGACGAACAUUGGCGAGUCUCUUGAAGCGUCUGCUGCUGCAGCAGCUGAGCUUCGUAAAAAGGCGUCCAAGCCGACCGGCUGCUGGAACAUUGAUGGCGAAUUGCUGGAUGGCCGGCUGCCGGUGCAUGUGAAGGUGCAUCGCAAGAUGAUUCUUCUCUUUGGGCAAAAGCUUCAUCUUUGAAAAUGCACUGGUUGUUUGGCUUGGUCUUUGACAAUGUACUGCAUUGGCCAGUACUGCUUGUUUGGCUUGGGCUCUGAAGAAGGUGUUCAAGAACAAACUGCUUGUUUUUGAACUCAUUUGUGAAAAUAUGCUCCUUUUUUGUGUUUCACCCAAUCGAAUUCACUGUUUUGUGCGUUGUGCUGUUUAAAAAAGACGGUUAAUCGC